UCCGCCCCACGGCCCCGCCCCCCUUUAGCCCCGCAGGCUGCGCAAUCGCGUGUGGAGAUCAUCGCUCUAUCCAGGCAGAGGCGUCGAUCUCCACUCGCGUAGGAGCCCAAGGCGGUACCAUGGCGGAGAAGACUCAAAAGAGUGUGAAGAUUGCUCCUGGAGCAGUUGUAUGUGUAGAAAGUGAAAUCAGAGGUGAUGUAACUAUAGGACCGAGGACAGUGAUCCACCCUAAAGCACGAAUUAUUGCAGAAGCUGGGCCGAUAGUGAUUGGUGAAGGUAACUUAAUAGAAGAACAGGCCCUGAUCAUAAAUGCUCAUCCAGACAAUAUCACCCCUGACACUGAAGAUCUGGAACCCAAACCCAUGAUCAUUGGCACCAAUAAUGUGUUCGAAGUGGGCUGUUAUUCCCAAGCCAUGAAAAUGGGAGAUAAUAAUGUCAUUGAGUCGAAAGCAUACGUAGGCAGAAAUGUAAUACUGACAAGUGGCUGCAUCAUUGGGGCUUGUUGCAACCUAAACACUUUUGAAGUCAUCCCUGAAAACACAGUUAUCUAUGGUGCAGACUGUCUUCGCCGGGUACAGACUGAGCGGCCACAGCCCCAGACACUCCAGCUGGAUUUCUUGAUGAAAAUCUUGCCAAAUUACCACCACCUAAAGAAGACUACGAAAGGAAGCUCAACUCCAGUUAAGAACUGAGAGCUGCAUGUGAUAUUGAGAUAAAUCAUGUCUUGUCUAAAGCCCACAAUGUUUGUGCAUUCUUAGCAGCUCAUAGCAUAAUACGUGUUGACUUUCUUGUGUAAAAUUAAGUUAGAAUGGUAAUGGAUUUCAUUGUAACUAUUCUUUAUAAUUUAUACAAAAUGCAUUUUUCCUAUGUCCUUGCUCCUUUUCUGAUAACUUACAGAUUUCAAUUUUUCUUUUGUUAUAUAAGAUGUCAGCCAAAAAUUUGUUAUGUAAAAUCUACCUGUGAGAGGAAAGGAUAUAUUGUUAUGUAUUUAUAUUCUAGCAUAUACUAAAUAAAAUUGCUGGUGGCAGGA